AUCUUAUAUUUGAAACAGAUACAAAAUGGUCAGAAUCAGUGUUUUAAACGAUUGCUUAAACUCCAUUGUCAAUGCCGAAAGACAAGGUAAAUCACAAGUCUUAGUCAGACCAUCAUCAAAGGUCAUCAUCAAAUUCCUCCAAGUUAUGAUGAAAAAGAGAUACAUCGGUGAAUUCGAAAUCAUUGAUGACCAUCGUUCAGGUAAAAUCGUUAUCGAAUUAAUCGGUCGUAUCAACAAAUGUGGUGUCAUCUCACCAAGAUUCGACGUUACCCUCGAUGAAAUCGAAAAAUGGGCCAGUUAUUUAUUACCAUCCCGUCAAUUCGGUCAUAUCGUCCUUACCACCUCACUUGGUAUCAUGGAUCAUGAAGAAUGUAAGAAGAGUCACACUGGUGGUAAACUCCUUGGUUUCUUCUAUUAAAAUAUUUAAAUAAAAUAAAAUUAAAUUUAUUUUAAAAAUAU